GGGUAAAUUGUGAUUUAUUUCCUUUUCAGUUGGGAGCAUCUUUCCGUCUACGAUAUUGCUGAAUUGCUCAAGCUCUUGUCUUCAGGUUUCAGUGAAGGAUGCAGUUCUUCGGAGGAUCAGAGAUCAGCCCGUCGCCGCCUCCCCCUACAGCGUCGGGAAACAAUGCCCACAUGUUGUAUGUGUUCAAUAGAAAUGGAGUGUGCCUACUUUACAGGGAAUGGAAUCGCCCCCUUAAGACUCUCAAUGCUCAGCAGGAUCAUAAGCUCAUGUUUGGUCUCCUCUUCUCUCUCAAAUCCUUAACAGCUAAGAUGGAUCCUACAAGCAUUGAGAAAGGAAAUCUUGGAGUGCCUCAGUUACCUGGGCAAGGUUGUUCAUUUCAUAGUUUUCGUACAAAUACAUACAAAUUAAGUUUCAUGGAAAGCCCAUCUGGGAUAAAGAUCAUCCUAGUUACUCAUCCAAGGACUGGUGAUCUAAGGGACUCCUUGAAGUACAUUUACAACUUGUAUGUUGAAUAUGUUGUCAAGAAUCCGCUAUAUUCUCCUGGAACUCCUAUUAAAUCUGAACUAUUUAACAGUACACUUGAUCAGUAUGUGAGAGGCCUUGGAUGAUGUAUCAAGAUUUCGAGACUGAAAAGUAAUACUCAUCUUCCAUCCUUGAAUUCUGAUUAGCAAACAUGCCGGAGAACCAUGAUCGCUUUAAGAGCAUACCAUUUUGGUCUUGUCAGUUGUCAGAGCCAUUGGUUCUUCACUUCUUUGUUCUUUACGUCAGUAGGACUCUUAGAAGAAACAUAACGUUACUUGCCAUUGGUUCAAGCACAAACUUUCUGUUCCUUGCACACAUUUCCUGAAAUUUGUGUAUCAAAUUUGUUGUUUGAUUAUUGAUUAUGAUAUGGCCCUAUGCAUUCUCUA